GUCAUUGCAUCUCUGGAAUAGUAAUUUGAAUAGUAAUUUAUUAUUUUCUUUAAAUAAUACUUUCUAAAAGCUAUAUUUUAUUUAAUUUGAAAAUAAAUUCCAAAGAAAUAUUUUCUUUCAAAGAAAAAAAUUGACAGGUAAAAAUGUUUAAAUAAAUACUUAAUUAAGGUAUUUUUUUCUCACGAUCUGUACACCCCUGAGAGUAGAAGUGUUUACAUUUUUUUCUGGCGGUCAUUUGUGUUUCUAUUUACAAAUUCCCAAGCUAAAUAUUGAAUACGUACAUUUUUAAAAUAGUUAAUUUAAAAAAUGAUAUAAAUAUAUUUUUUUAUCGUUUUUAAUUUUACGUGAGUGUUAAUAAAAUAAAAAAGUGUCGCCAAAAAUGCCUUUGAAGACUUGGACCAAAGAACCAGGCCAACAGGUGAAACGACUUCGUAAUAAAUUAACCGAUUUACAGGAUAAAUUGGAAAAAAAGAAUUGUCAAAUUAUAAAAAUGCAACAUUUGGAGGAGAUAAAUGCGGUGAAAUUUAUUUUUAGCGAUGAUAAUUGUGAGGAAUUUACCGAUGGUCAUUUAGAUAUUGAAAUUAUAUUUAAAAUAAAUCCAAUUUUACCAAAAAAAGAAAUUCAAGCCUCAUAUAUUUAUGAAAAUGGAAAAAAUCACAAACAACCAAUUGAUUUUGGUAGUAUAUUUCUUGAAUAUUUACCACCAAUUCAAUUUUAUUUAAAAUUUACAUCCAACUAUCCAUUGAAUGAGGCACCAGAAUUUACAAUUGAUGUUGCAUGGUUAACACCAUGGCAAUUAUCACAAAUUUGUCAAAAACUGGAUGAAUUAUGGACACAAAAUGUUGGUAGCGAAAUACUUUAUAUAUGGAUUGAUUUUUUAAAAAAUCAUCUCUUCACAUUUUUAGAGAUACAUGAUAAAAUUGAUAUUUCAUUUCAAUUUUCAUUAAAUAAAGAUAAUGAUGAUAUUUUAUUAGAUGAAAUAAUUAAAAAUUUACGCGAUUCACGUGUUGUAAAACCAAUGCGUCGCUGUCCAUUGAAUUAUUUAAUGAAAGUGAAUAAAAUAAAAUAUUCAGAAAAUUUUAAUAAAAUUACACAUUUUUGUGAAAUUUGUCUUUUACAACGCGCUGGUGUUUUAUGUGUUGAAAUGAAAAAAUGUCAACAUAUUUUUUGCCGCAAUUGUUUGGAACAAUAUUUUUCAUCGCGUAUCAAUGAUGGUAAUGUUUCGAAAAUUUUAUGUCCAAAAAUUGAUUGUAUAAUGGAAAUUGAAUAUGAUGAAAUUAAAGAAUUAUUAUGUGAUGAAAAGGAAUUUGCAAAAUAUGAUGAAUUAUUAUUAAACAGAACAGUUGAUUUAAUGGAAGAUACUGUGGCUUGUGCAAGAAAAUAUUGUAAUUAUCCAGUAAUAAGGGAGAAUUUAAAUGAUAAUUUAGCGACAUGCGCCCAAUGUGAAUACAGUUUUUGUGUUUAUUGUCGAAAGGUUUAUCAUGGUGUUUCACCAUGUGAGAUGUUAAACAAGGAAAAAGAAAAAUUAAUUGCCGACUAUCAAAAUGCGUCGGAAAAAGAGAAAAAAUUAUUAGAAUUACGUUAUGGAAAAAGACAAAUUAAACUUAUUGUUGAAGAAACUUUAACAAAUAAUUAUUUAAAGGAACAUUCGAAAAUUUGUCCCAAUUGUUUAACGCAGACAACAAGAAUUGAUGGCUGCAAUAAAAUGACAUGUAGUUAUUGUAAAAAAAUAUUUUGCUGGUUAUGCGGCAAAUUAAUUACAUCAAAAAAUCCAUAUGAUCAUUAUUCAAAAAUUAAAAAUGGCCCCAAUACAUGUGGUGGUCGUCUAUUCGAUGGAUUGUUUCCAAAUCAAAAUUAUUUAAAUGAUUUUGAAAUACAAAGAAAUCUUGAAUUUUUUCAAAUUUAGAAAAAAAUAAGAAAAUAACAACAACAAAAUUUUUUGUUUAGAAAGUUAUUGCUUUCUUUAAAAAAAAAAAUAAAUUUUAUUUUCAUCACUAUGAAAAAAUUUGUUAAAAAAAGAUUUUCAAAAAAAAUGUUUUUCUAAAACUAUACACAAAAUAAUUUUACUAUUUUCAGUUUUUUUUUUUUAAGGUAAAAAAAUUUUUUUUUCAAAGAAAAAGAAAUUUAAUGAUUUUUUUUAUCUCCUAAAAUAACAAAAUUUAUUCAAAAGGCAAUAAAUAUUUUAUAGGAAUAAGAUAAUAGGAAAAUCUCCUUCCUUAAAAUGUGAAAAGUAUAAACUACUUUUUUUGUUAUAUUUACUACAAAUUUAUAAAAAAAAAAAAAUGUGAUGCUUAAUUAUCUGCCAUACGAAUCCUUGUGAUAAUAAUAUUUUUAGUUUUUUAUUACCGUCAGAUAUGAAGAGCAUUUUAUUAUAAACUAAAGUGUUACUUUUUUCUUUUACUAAAAAAGAAUUUUGAUAAUUAUAUAAAUUAGUAAAAGAAAAUUAUAUUCUUACUUGUGAAAAUUAAUGUUAAUAAAACAAAAAAAUUAUAAUUCAUAAUAAAUUUAUUAAUUUUCUAAAAAGCA